AUGCUCGAAGACGCCAUCGCGAAGGCUCGCCCCGUCAAUUUCGACCUGCUGGGUCUGUCCAUGACUGAGCAUGUCAAGCCAGCUGUUCGUGGACCCGAGAUGAGAUCCAACCGCUACAGCUUCUUCAAGGAGGUUGAUGCCGCGACUAUGAAAUCGUAUUCUCCAGACCAGAUCGCGAUCGUACUGGAGCAGCGAGAGAAUCUUCGCCGGGUAAUAGAGAAUGAAGAGCGGUCGCCAGCUGCCCUGAAGCGCACUUACUACAUGCCCAGUUCUGGAACCGUAACCAGAACCGCAGCCACCACCGCAGCUACUAUUCCCCCACCUCCUGGCUUCACGGGCCCUCGUGUCGAGAAGCCAUGGGUUCCACUCGAUGAGGACGAGUGUCAGUUCAAGUGUUGCCAUAACUGUCGUCCUACUUGCGAGUCUCGAAGCUACCUGAGCCUCGACGGGAUUCUCAAGGAUGACAUCCCUGCCAGUGCUGCAGUUGGCUUCGGCUUCCAUCUGCAGGGCACGAGGCCUGUGAUAGAUGCGGACAUUGUCAAGAAUAUUGGCUAUCGCCCUGUACCUCUGUCCAGCCCUUCUCGCCACGAGUCUGUCACCCCAGCAUCUUCGUCAAUGUUGAGCAUAUUGGAUGUUAUCGACGAGCAGAUCAUCGAGAUGGCACGUCAAGAUGAAGCAAAGUCCAGCGAGCUCGGCAAGACAACCCGCAAAACUACCGACGCAAACACUGGCGGUAUAAACGGCAGCCUACAGCUUAAUGGAUCGGCCAUCCGACCUUCCUGGGCACCACACACCAUACCUGCUGCAAAUGCACAUGAGGUCAAGUUUGCCAUAAAUGCGAAGCCGACGCACAUGGAGGAACAGGAAGAAGAUGGAUGCUUCCACGAAGAACCCUUGGAAGUUGCCAAUGGUGUUGCUGUCUUGGAGGAAAGCGUUGAGAUGCACGUACCAGAUGUUAUAACACAAAUCUGA